AUGGUGUUUCUAAUCUUUAAAAUGAAAUGUAAUAUAAAUUAAAAUAUUUAACAACAAAGCCAAUAUAUAGAAAAAUCAAUUCAAGAAUAUCAAUUAAAAAAAUUACUUGUCGAUCUAAUUAAUUGAAAAUUAAUAAAAAAAAUCAUAAAAGCAUUCAGAAUAUUAGUCCUAAGUGAGAGAUAAGGUCAUUUUUAAAGAAUAAUAAAGUGCUAUUAUUUUAGAAUCGGAUAUUUAAUUAGAAUAAUAAUACUUAAAAGCUUAGUUAAAAUUAUGAAAAUAUGAAAGACAUAAAUAAAUUCUUGAAGAGAAAUAUUAAGUUGAUUAAAAAUUACUCAAAUAGGAUAUUCAACAAAAAUAAAAAUAAUUAAUGGAGCUUGAAAAUUUUAUAAUUAAAAUUCAUAUGGAAAUUAUUUAAAUUAACCAAACUUGUUUAAGAUUGAAAGAAUUUUAAAUGAAAAGAUCAUCAUAAAUAAGUUAAAGAAUUAAGUAAUCAUAAUAGUUUAAUCAGUCAUCAUUUUAAGGUUAGGAUUAUUAUUAAUCAGAUAAUAAAUUAUAAAUUGUAUCUAACAGCUUUUAUAAUAUUAAAUAAAUUGGUAAUUCUAAUGUUUAAGCAGACAUUCAAAAAAUAAAUAAACAAUAAUUUUCACCCAUAUUGGAAGAUUUUAAUCAUUAAUAAUAAUAGUAAAAUAUAAUUAAUAAUGAUAUCGUCAAUGUAGAUACAUUACAGUUAUAGAUUGGAAUUGAGGAAAAUAUAGUUAUACAGAAAUUUAAAGCCAAGAAAAAGUUGAAAAAUAGUAAGAAUAUCAAAAAUUAUAAUAACAAAUUUACUCUGAAUGAAUGGUAUUAAUUUUUUAACAUUUCACAACAUCCCCUUCUAUUUUUUUUGAAUUUUUCUUAUAUAAUUUGUGUUAGUUUUUUAAGCAACUUAUUUAUAAAUUAAUGA